AUGGCGGGACGUUUCGUGCGCGCCUCGAAGUAUCGACAUGUUUUUGGAAAGUCUACGAGAAAGGAAUCCUGCUACGAUAACUUGCACAUCAGUCGCAAUGCUUGGGAUACCAACUUGAUCAAGGCCAAUCCAGAAUACCUGUCGGUCAAUUGGGAAGCAAGCGGAGGAGGCGCAUUCGCCGUCAUUCCGGUCAAUGAGAAAGGUCGACUGCCAGAGCAGAUUCCGCUUUUUCGAGGACACACGGCGCCUGUUUUGGAUACGGAUUGGAACCCUUUCAACGACAGUGUAAUAGCGUCGGGCUCUGAUGACGGCAAGGUGUUCAUUUGGCAGGUCCCGAAAGGCUUCACCUUAUAUACGGAUGCCGACGAACCAGCAGAUGUUUCCCCCGUUAGCAAAUUGACCGGCCAUUCCAGAAAAGUUGGACAAGUGUUAUUCAACCCCGCGGCCGAGAAUAUCCUAGCUUCUGCCUCGGGCGAUUACACGAUUAAACUUUGGGAUAUCGAGACAGGAACGCCUCAUUUGACCCUGAAGCAUGGAGACAUUGUCCAGAGUCUAUCGUGGAGCGCGAAUGGUUCCCAAAUGGUUACCACGUCGCGAGACAAGAAGCUGAGAAUAUGGGAUGUGCGACAAGAGAGGCCCGCUCACGAAGGACCUGGACAUACCGGUGCCAAGAACAGCAGAGUGGUAUGGAUGGGGGAGCAUAACCGAGUUGCAACGACCGGAUUCUCGAAGAUGAGCGAUCGUCAGAUGGCUCUGUGGGAUGUUGGUAAUGCGCGGGAACCAAUUGGCGGGUUUUCGGUCUUGGAUUCAAUCUCUGGCGUCUGCAUGCCAUUCUGGGAUGAUGGCACUCAAUGCUUGUAUUUGGCGGGCAAAGGUGAUGGAAAUAUCCGAUAUUUUGAGUAUGAGAACGAUAAAUUCGAAUUUCUUUCUGAAUACAAGUCGGGCGAACCGCAAAGAGGCAUUGCGUUCGUCCCCAGACGUGGCAUCAACGUUCAUGAGAACGAAGUCAUGCGCGCAUACAAAACUGUCAACGAUGCCUAUAUCGAACCAAUUUCUUUCACAGUGCCUCGUCGCGCCGAAGUUUUCCAGUCUGAUAUAUACCCACCUGCGGUAGGAAUCAAACCAGCUAUGUCUGCGGCAGAGUGGUUAUCAGGAAAGGAUGGGCUUCCCGCAAAGAUUGAUCUGGAGAGCGUGUAUGAAGGAAAUGCUCCUGUCGAACUGCCCUCGGAUUACAAGCUGCCUACCUCUACUCCCGCCGCCGCACCUGCUCCCUCGCCAGCUCCUGCGGCAGCCGCUACAAAGCAAGCACCUGAACCGACGCCUGCAUUUCGGUCGCCACCACCAACCAUGUCGGAACAGAAAGGAUCAAUUGCAGCCCUGGCCGAUAAGUUCCAAGAUAACGAAAUUGACGACGAUGACGAUGAUGCAUCUAGCUUUGAAGAGAUACCCCAACCUGUGCAGAGAUCUGUGCCUGCUGCUGCCAGAACCGAAACGAAGCCAAUGUCGCCUCCAAGAGCUGCGGUUACACAAAGGGAAGCUGCAAAACCCAGUCCACUGUCGCCGACUCCUCGUUCAGUACCAGUACCAAUCGCUUCGCCGACUCCUGCACAGCCCUCCUCCGCGGGACAAUCGAGUAGCGGCACCGUAGAAACUUCACUGCAGCAAAUAAAGAGUCUCUUGGAGGCGCAAACCAAAACUAUAUCGGCACUUGCGCAUGAAGUAGACACGCUGAAGAUGCGAGUUGGUGCCGGUACCGUAGAUCAGAGCGAGAGGAUUCGCCAGUUGGAGUUGGAACUCGAGGCCGCAAGAUCAUAG